AUGGCGCGCCGCCACCGCGCCCCGCUGCUCCCCAUCCUCCUCCUCCCGCUGCUGCUCGCCACCACCACGACCUCCGCGGUCACCGGCGCCGCAUCGCACUCGCAGCCGACGCUGCCAGCGCCGCCGGUCCAAGCCACCGCCGCGGUGCCCCCGUCCGCGGCGCUGGCGUCGAAGCCGCCGCCGGUCUCGCCCUCGGCCGCGGCCCUCGCGGCGUUCCUCACCAAGGCCGACCCGGCCUCCCGUCUGGGUCUCCCCAACCGCGCCGCCUCCCCCUGCUCCCGCCCCGGGAUCACCUGCACGGCCUCCGGCCAGAUCAUCCGCCUCGUGCUCGAGUCGGCGGGGCUCAACGGGACGUUCCCGCCGGGCACGCUCUCGCGCCUCGCCGAGCUCCGCGUGCUCAGCCUCAAGUCCAACGCGCUCCACGGGCCCGUCCCGGACCUCUCCCCGCUCGCCAACCUCAAGGCGCUCUUCCUCCCGGGGAACCGCUUCUCGGGGCCCUUCCCGCCCUCGCUCGCCUCCCUGCGCCGCCUCCGCUCCAUCGACCUCUCCGGGAACAGGCUCUCCGGCGCGCUCCCGCCGGGCAUCGAGGCCGCCUUCCCGCACCUCACGCUCCUCCGCCUCGACGCCAACCACUUCAGCGGCACCCUCCCGCCAUGGAACCAGUCGUCGCUCAAGGUGCUCAACGUCUCCUACAACAACUUCUCGGGCCCCGUGCCGGUCACGCCCGUCAUCACGCAGCUCGGCGCCGCCGCGUUCGCGGGCAACCCCGAGCUCUGCGGCGAGGUGGUCCGCCGCGAGUGCCGCGGCUCGCACCUCCUCUUCUUCCACGGAGGCGACGGCGCCAACGGCACCGCCGCUGCCCCUGUGCAGAGCGCUGCCGCUAGCGACAGCGGGCCGCAGCGAGAGAACUUGAGCAUGCCGGAUUCGUCCGCGCCAAAUGCGAAGAGAGUGAGGCGGAGGAGGACCACGGUGGCAGUCGCGGUCGCCGCGGGGUCUGUCCUCGCCGCGCUUCUUGUCUGUGCCAUGAUUGCGAUGAAGAGGAGCAACAAGCGGGGGCGCCCGAGCUCCGCGUCGUACGCGAGCCCCAACCCCAAGAAGAGCGCGCCCGCGUCCGAGGUGAGCAGGGACAAUGCUGACAUGGGCUACGUCGAGUGCGUGCCCGAUGAUGAGACGGCGGCCAUUAUGGUGCCGGAGGAGAAGGCGCGGCGCCUGGAGCGGAGUGGGUGCCUGACAUUCUGCGCCGGCGAGGCGGCGAGCUACAGCCUCGAGCAGCUCAUGCGCGCUUCGGCAGAGGUGCUCGGGCGCGGGAGCGUGGGGACGACGUACAAGGCGGUGCUCGACGGGCGGCUCGUUGUGAUUGUCAAGAGGCUGGACGCCGCCAAGAUUGGCCCAGCGGCACUGGAAGCAGAGGCGUUCGAGCAGAACAUGGAUGCCGUUGGUCGACUGCGCCAUCCGAACCUUGUACCACUCCGAGCAUUCUUCCAGGCUAAGGAGGAGCGGCUGCUUGUGUACGACUACCAGCCCAAUGGCAGCCUCUACUCUCUCAUCCAUGGUUCAAGGUCAUCCCCGGCAAAACCACUUCACUGGACAUCAUGCCUGAAGAUAGCAGAAGAUGUUGCACAAGGUCUUGCUUACAUUUGUCAAGCAUCUCGGCUUGUCCACGGGAACAUCAAGUCUUCAAAUGUUCUGCUUGGUUCGGACUUUGAGGCCUGCCUUACGGACAACUGCUUGUCUUUCCUCCUGGAAUCAUCAGAAGUCAAAGAUGCUGCUGCUUACAGAGCACCAGAAAACAUGAAGUCCAACAGAAUGCUAACUCCAAAGUCAGACAUAUAUGCUUUUGGUGUCCUCCUCCUUGAGCUCCUUAGCGGAAAGCCACCACUUCAGCACUCAGUCUUGGUCGCAAGUAAUCUUCAAUCCUAUGUCCAGUCAGCGAGAGAUGAUGAAGGAGUGGACAGUGACCGCAUCACAAUGAUUGUCGACAUAGCCGCUACUUGCGUUAGGUCCUCACCAGAAAGUCGGCCUGCCGCCUGGCAAGUACUUAAGAUGAUUCAAGAAGUGAAGGAAGCAGAUGCAACUGGCGAUAACGACAGUGAUCUUACCAGCAACUCCUAG